AUGGAUGUUGUGAACUCUACAGAAUCAACGUUUAUUUUAGAUAGUGAGAAAUCAAAUAUAAGUGAUUUAGUUAGCAACGAAAAGUCAGAUUCAGAAUCGCCUGAUGAUGUAACUAAAAUACAAUAUGAAUGUAAUAUGUGUCGCAAACGAUUCUCUUCAAAGAGUUGUUUAAGUCUACAUUAUGCUUGCCAUCUUCAGGAACAGCCUCGUGUAUGUGAUAUAUGUGGUGAAUCUUUUUCGCAAGGUGAGGAUUUUGCUGAUCAUUACGCUCAGCAUUGCAUUGAAGAAGAGUACGAAUGCUUUACGUGCGAUGAAAUAUUUAAUGAUAAAUCUGAAUUUUAUGCCCACCAGAGGCUUCAUAUAUUAGUAUCGAAUAUGCAUAUAUGUGAUAUUUGUGAUGAGAAGUUUGAAACUGAAAAAGAAUUGCAGGAACAUUACAGAAUUCACACUAGAAAAUCUUUUCCCUGUGAUUUUUGUCGUAAAACGUUCGCCUUAAAAAGCAGUCUUAAUCGUCAUCUAUUGGUUCAUGGAGAGACUAAGCCCUAUCGUUGCGAAAUGUGUAACCAAGGCUUCACUCAAAAAAUUAGCUUAUCAAAACAUUAUCUGGUUCAUGCAAAUAUUAAACCCUAUAUGUGUGGUUUGUGUGAUAAAUCUUUUGCUGUUAAGUCAAGUUUAACGUUACAUUGUUUGAAUCAUACCGGUGAAAAACCAUAUUGUUGCCUAGUUUGUGAUCGACGUUUCACGAGCAAGCGUAAUUUGAAGCGGCAUGGCUUGGAACAUAUGCCUGGUCAGCGAAGUACGUGUGACAUUUGCGGUAAAGUCUUUCCUACAAAAAGUAAAUUACAGUUACAUUUUCUGAUACACACAAAUGAAAGACCAUAUAAAUGUGAUAUAUGCAGUCGUGGAUUUACAUACAGCAGUCAUUUAAAGCGCCAUAUAUUGUGGCACAGUGGAGAACGUCCCUAUGUAUGUGAUAUGUGCAACAUGGGAUUCAUCUCAAGAUUUCGUCUGACACGGCAUAUGGAAAGGCAUUCUGCUGAAUACUUUGAAGUGGAACCUGACGCAAUGCUGACAGAAAUUAGUGUUGGUGAAUGA